AAAUGUUAACUUCAUAGUUGUAUAAAAAUACUGUAAAGAAUAAUAACAAAUAGUAUACUUUAUAAAGUGUUGUAAAUUGAAUGAUGGCAUCGAAAAAGUUGGUAAUUAUAGACACCGACUGCGGUGUUGACGACGCGUUGGCCAUAAUGUUGGCCACGUAUUGCCACAAACACAAUAUGAUUGACAUAAUGGCCAUCACUUGUCAAUUCGGUAACACAUAUGUCGAUAAUGUGGUCAAAAAUGUUGGCUAUACUCUCAAUGCCACUAAUACUGAGGAAAUUAAGAUAUACAGGGGUUGUGAGGGACCAAUUGUUGGCAAAUGUUUUUUCGAUGAUUACUAUGGAAGCGAUGGUUUAGGCGGCUCUACUAAAGACAUGCCUCCCAUUGAUGUACACGUAGAGAGUGAACACGCGGUCAAUGCAUUGGUACGACUGGCCAGAGAGCACCCGAAGCAAAUCACCUUGAUCGCUUUGGGACCACUCACUAAUAUAGCGCUCGCAUAUAUGUUGGACAACAACUUCUUUGACAAUUUGAAGGACAUUGUGUUUAUGGGCGGAACCAUUGACUUCGGCGGUAAUAUCGGUCCUCUCAGAGAAUUUAAUAUAGCGGGUGAUGUGGAGGCCUGUCAUAUAGUGCUUUCCAACGCCAAGUGUCCCAUCAUUGGUGUACCACUGGAAUGCUGUGAUAGCAAUCGCUUAACCUGGUUGAUAAUUAUUGAUACCGAUUGCGGUGUCGACGACGCGGUGGCCAUAAUGUUGGCCACGUAUUGUCAGAAACAAAAUAUGAUCGAUAUUGUGGCCAUCACUUGUCAAUUUGGCGGUACAUAUGUUGAUAAUGUCUGCAAAAAUGUUUUCUAUACUCUUAAGGCCUGUGAUGUAGAGGGAAUUAAGAUAUACAGGGGCUGUGAGAAGCCUAUUGUUAGUAAACAUAUUUUCGAUGAUUACUAUGGAAGCGAUGGUUUGGGGGACUCGACUAAAGACAUGCCUCCCAUUUCAGUGCACACCGAGAGUGAACACGCGGCCAAUGCAUUGGUACGACUGGCCAGAGAGCACCCGAAGCAAAUCACCUUGAUCGCUUUGGGACCGCUCACUAAUAUAGCGCUCGCAUAUAUGUUGGACAACAACUUCUUUGACAAUUUGAAGGAUAUUGUGUUUAUGGGCGGAACCCUUGACUUCGGCGGUAAUAUCGGUCCUCUAAAAGAGUAUAAUAUAUUGUGUGAUCCCGAGGCCUGUCAUAUAAUGCUGUCCAACGCCAAGUGUCCCAUUAUUGGUAUACCAGUAGAAUGUUGUGAUAGCAAUCGCUUAACCUGGGUCAGAUAA